UUUCACACUGGGCGUCUCUUCUGUCACAGACAUCAAAACAAAACCAACGAUAAACAUACGACGAAACGUCAAACCAACCAGCCAGCUGUCACUCGCGCUCACGACGGUGGACGAUCUUUUUCAGACUUUCUCGGUAGCAUACUGCCACCUCCGACCGGGCAUUGAAAACGGUGUGUUUCGAGCGCAACCAUGGUCGUCACGAAGGAUGUUUUUCUGCCGACGGAGGAGGAGCUCACCGUUCCGGAGGUUAAUCUUUCCGGGCCGGCCCUGAGAGCCGGUGCCUAUCACCUGGGCAAACAGUGCGAGGCGGAGAACAAUGAGUUUAUGUUGUGCCGUCAAGAGUUGGACGAUCCUCGAGCUUGCCUGAACGAGGGCAAAGCGGUCACCAACUGUGCGCUGGAGUUCUUCCGCAAGAUGAAGAAAAAUUGCGCCUCAGAGUUUGCCCAGUACGCCAACUGUCUGGACAAGAGCAGUGGCGAUCUGAACUUCCAAUACUGCCGCAAAACGCAAGGAGUCCUGGACAAGUGCGUGCUGGAUAAGAUGAACAUCGAACGGCCGGACUACGGAUACUUUGCCAGAGCGAAGGUACACGCCACCGACCGUCCAGCACCGCCAAAACAAGAAAAGGCCGUCUAUCCGGACGCCACCCCGGGUCUGCCGGCAGAUUACCCUCGGCCGGAUGCCAAGUACGGUUCCCGCUUCCACUGGCUGAACUAAUGCGGCCGGUGUUUCAAACAAUUGAUGCUAUGUAGAGAAGAAAACUGCUUGUUUCGCAAUAUGUCAUUAAAACAGUCGGAAAUUCAUUA